CCCUCUCUUUUUCUCGCAUUAUAAAAUGUCUAGGCAGGAAAGUGCCACGUUGGUGGAGAGUAAAUUAUCUCUAACACAUCCUGUCUCUCUUGGCUUAUCUCAACACACUGGUGUCACUGCCUCAUUCACUCGUCUGCAUCAACAAGAACUGUUUGUUUGCAUAUCUCACUCGAAGAUCCCAUUAUCAAAUCCGUGAAGAUAUAUCACUCAAACUAAAAAAAAAAUUUAUUUGAAUAAUAGGCAGUAAAUUACAUUUCCAAAUAGUAAACAAGAUGGCAACACUGCAUCCUGUUACUUAUUGUUAUAUUUAAAACAUUGGUUUCAAGACUCAAAACCCAAGUUGAUAUACAUACGGCAACAUAUCUUACCCGAAGAAGGCUUACGAAGUGACAAAUCUCACAUGACAAGUGCCAGAUGACAGCUAUAAAGUGACAGGAAGAGUGGACUGGUGACCCGCUCUGUGAGCUGUUGACAUCCGCCAACCCUGAUGAGUGAACUAGUUACUUGUGGGGUGUGUUCAGCUCGACUUCUCCUGGAUCACACAGUGUAAGGAAGAGACAGGAUGCUGUCAAAUUUCAUGACCGAUAUCAUCGUCCAGGUGGGUCUGGGCCGUAGCCCUCAGCCCUCACCCAACCUACAGAGACGUUUUCCAACCCUCCGCUCCAUCCCCGACGCCGCCACUUCCAGCGAGCAGUUCUUUGUUGACUUCUCCUGUCAAGACCAGCCCCAGGGAAGAAUUGUAAUGGAGGUGCUGGAAGGGACGAGUAACAUGGGGCUGGAAUUCAUGGCUCUACUGACGGGGAAACGAGGCUACGGGUACAAGGGUUCGAGGGUGUUCGCCUGUUGCCAGAACGACUGGUGUAUGAUGGGUGACCUGCUGUACGAUGCCCCACAGGUCCUCAUCACCACACCACACCACGACUGGGAUCCUCUGGAAGAAGACGACGAUGAUGACGAUGAUAAUGACGAAGAGUGCAGGUUCCUCCGUAGCGACCAGAGGUGGAACACAGAGAGGGAAGUUACACCCAGGACCCUUCAUCAUGGAUACAAGGGAGUCAUCGAGACCCAGGAAUUGAAGCAGGGGGACGUGCGGGGGACGGUGGUGGCCGUGGCCUCAGACCUGCACUUAGACCCUGACCGAUAUACCUGGAGUUGGACAUUAGGGCCACAGUUUAAGAUCUGUCUUAGUGAUAGUUUCAUCAGGUCAGGUCGUGUGGUGGGUCAGGUCACACAAGGUAUGGAUGUGGUUCAGAAGUUGUCACAGAUGGGUGAACAGGGCUCGUUUGAACCUCAUCCCAGAAUCACCAUGGCGGAUUGUGGCUCCUAUACUAAGUGAGACGCUCUCUACCAUCACCCCCUGCACCACUACCACCUGCGUCACCACCUGCACCACUACCACCUGCGUCACCACCUGCACUACCACUUACACCAUCACCUGCUGAUAAUUUCCACAACCACAACUUCCUGAUGACUUUUUUCCUCCACCUGCUGACACUCCCCCAGCCUGCCAUUUGCUGACAUCCUCCACCUGGCUGUCGUUUGCUGACAUCCCCCCACCUGCUUGCCAUUUGCUGACACCCCCACUAUUUACUGACACUCACAACCUGCUGACACUCUCGAAGACUACUGAUUUGACUUGACUGACUGACUGACUGACUGACUCCAUGUGACUCUCUUGUCUCUAUAGUACAAGAUUAAUCCCAUUAACUAUAUCUUAUUAACAUGUAUCUUAGAACAAGACGUCAGGAAACACAUAAUUGUAACUGUGAGGUUUUGUACCCAAGCAUGACGGUGAGCUGUAUCCGUGAGUUGCUCUUUUUCUCUUGAUGAAACUCUAGAUUAAUACAUAAAUCACCGUGGUUGGAUUUAUGUAUUAGUAUGAAUAGUAUUGUGUAUUUUUUGUAACCUACCAUUUCAAUCCUCUGAGUAUGUUGGGCAGAAUUGAAAUAACCUAACCUAAUCUAA